AUGGUGAAAGGCCUGCGGUUAGAGCUGAUGAACGCGAUGCACGACAGGAAUGCACUGUUAAAGAGCACCUGGAGAGACGACAUCGAGAAAAAGCUGGCAAACUACAACCAGAAGCUUUUCCUGGCUUUUAAGGAACAAUAUGUUAGGUACCCCGAUGUAAGAGCACGGCCACUUGUCGAAUCGUCAUCAGAAGAAACGAGUAGUGAAGAGACUGGACGAUCCAGACGACAUCGG